AUGCAGACCGAUCUUUUAAAAGCAUUGAUUGCACAGACAGCAUGCCCAUUCAUCCUCGAAGGAGCCCCAUGUAUUCAAUGUACCAUUUGUGGCUUUUUCGGGAUUUACGUCGGAUCGUGGCAAAACUACGGCUUUGUCUUUGUUUCGUCUUAUCCUCUUAUGGAUGCAUUUUCAAUGACAUAUUUCAUUCGAGAUUAUCGACGAGCUGUCAUCGAUAAAUGGAAACAAACAUUUUCAUCAGCUUCUGUGGAAAGCAUUGACGAAUUCACGCCACCAAAAGCUCUAUAUUUAGCUUCU